ACCUGCUUUUGGUUUCUGUAUCACCGGAGUUCGGAAAGCAACCUCGGAGCUGCCACGGGCUACCGAUGGGUUCUUUGCCGUGUUUAUACGUGUAUCCUGUUUUUAUUUUAGCGCUUGCUUUUAAAAAAUUAUCUUUACCUAAUAUCAUUAUUUUCACAUUUUGAUCUCGGCAAGUAAUACUCCCCGAAAAAAAAUGUAUACUGCGUUAAUUUGAUAGAAAAACAUAAUAGACAUUUAACAACGCUACACCGUCAAGACGUUUGACUCCGCUGAGGAAGGGCAAAGAAGAAAAGUGUCCCAAGUAUGAAUAUUCUUUAUGAAGUUUUUUCAACGUCUUUCGACUCAGGUAGUUAAGCUGACUUGGGAAAAAAAAUAUAAAAAAGACGGGGUGUGGCUGACUGGCCCACGUUUAUGGUGUUCUAGGCUAGGUUUCAAAUGAUAGGCCACGAUAGAAAAGUUAAUCAAGGUUAAGACGUUUUUCAAAUUUGUGUUAUUAAUAAUGUAUUAUUAAUAGCGAAUAAUAUUAUAAUUCCCAUAUUAAAAUGGCAUUACGUGAUUAGCAAUUUGUGAUCGAAAUUUUGUACGUCGAUUCUGUUUCACUCGUGUUAGAUUCUUCCCUUUUUCCUUUGCCCCUUGGAGUUAUAUACUGUACACGGCGUCGACACGUUUUCUGAGACAUCGAUGUAUUAUACAUCACACGAAGAAUAUUAAAAUAUUAUGAUUCUGAUGACAUAUUCUUUGUCAACUGUUAAUUCGAUUGUAUAAUGUUGCUAAACGAGAGAAAAUACAGUAAUGUCUGUUCCUUCUACAUCAUCAAAAAAGCUUAGUGAAGGAAAACCAGGAGGUACAAGUCCAAGUCCUAUUGAAAGUAUCGAAGUUGUUCCUGGACCUAGUUCUUUAGAUCCUAUGCAUUGCACCUUUCCACAAGAUGGAGAAUCAGAAGAAUAUGGAGAUGAAGAAGAUGAAGAUGAUGAUGAAAGUAGUGAAGAAGAGAGUGAAAUUAGUGAUUCUGGCUUAUUUCGUGAUGCUGAAUGCGAAGAAGAAAUUGAAGGUAGCAGCUGUUCAUCGCCCGUAUUACAAGCUCAGCCAUGUUUGCCACAGAGAGUUCAUAGCCCCAUAUUACACACAUGUGUUCCAUUGGAUAUUGUACAACCUCAUAGAAAACGGAAAAGUGAAACAGAGUCUAGUUUACCAUGCAAAAAACUUAAUCCAGAAGAUAAAUCUUAUAUAAUGAAUGCAAAAAAACUGGAUGAUAAGGCUAAACACAUUAGAUGCGUCAUUCCAACAAAAGAUAAUCCACCACCUGAAAUGAAUAAUUGGCUUUUGCAAUUUCAAAGGUGGUCAAACGCAGAAAGGAUGCUAGCUAUAGAUGAAUUAAUAGAGAGAUGUGAACCAACGCAAGUACGCCAUAUGAUGCAGGUUAUAGAACCACAAUUUCAAAGGGAUUUUAUAUCCUUACUGCCAAAAGAAUUAGCCUUAUCGGUAUUGGCUUUCUUAGAACCCAGGGAUUUAUUACGUGCAGCACAAACUUGUAGAAAUUGGAGAUUUUUAGCAGAUGAUAAUUUACUGUGGAAAGAGAAAUGUAUAGCGGCUGGUAUAGAUGAUUUAAAAGAUUUGCCUCCAUCAAAACGUAAAAAUUGCAGAAAUCCUGGCAACUCUUCAUCGCCAUGGAAACAAGCUUACAUGCGACAACAUAAUAUAAAAAUGAAUUGGAGAACAAAGCCAAUUCGUACGCCAAAAGUUCUUAAAGGUCAUGAUGAUCAUGUUAUUACAUGCCUUCAAUUUUCUGGUAAUCGAAUAGUUAGUGGUUCUGACGAUAAUACUCUUAAAGUUUGGUCAGCUGUUACGGGUAAGUGUUUACGAACAUUGGUUGGACAUACAGGUGGUGUAUGGUCCUCUCAAAUGUCAGGUACUACUGUGAUUAGUGGUAGUACAGAUCGUACCUUAAAAGUAUGGAAUGCAGAGACUGGACAGUGUAUACAUACUUUGUAUGGCCAUACGUCAACAGUGAGAUGUAUGCAUCUAUAUGGAAAUAAAGUGGUUAGUGGUAGUAGAGAUGCCACAUUAAGAGUGUGGCAAGUGGAUACUGGUGAAUGCCUACAUGUACUUGUGGGUCAUUUGGCAGCUGUCAGAUGUGUGCAAUAUGAUGGAAAAUUAGUUGUCAGUGGAGCUUAUGACUAUAUGGUAAAAGUAUGGAAUCCCGAACGCGAGGAGUGCCUUCAUACAUUGCAAGGACAUACUAAUCGCGUCUAUUCCCUCCAAUUCGAUGGUGUACAUGUUGUUAGUGGAUCACUAGAUACAAGUAUAAGAGUAUGGGAAGUAGAAACUGGUGCUUGUAGACAUACUCUUAUGGGCCAUCAGUCUCUUACUUCAGGUAUGGAAUUGCGUAAUAAUAUUUUGGUGUCUGGAAAUGCAGACUCUACAGUCAAGGUAUGGGACAUUGUUAGUGGGCACUGCCUUCAAACACUUUCUGGUCCAAAUAAACAUCAAUCAGCGGUUACUUGUCUGCAAUUUAAUAGUCAUUUUGUGAUUACUUCAUCUGAUGAUGGUACUGUUAAGCUAUGGGAUGUCAAAACUGGUGAAUUUAUAAGAAAUCUAGUUGCUUUAGAAAGUGGUGGGAGUGGUGGAGUUGUAUGGAGAAUACGUGCAAGUGACACAAAAUUGGUGUGUGCAGUUGGUAGUCGUAAUGGUACAGAGGAAACAAAACUUCUUGUCCUCGAUUUUGAUGUAGAGAUAAAAUAGUGCACUUUCUCACAGACUGGAUUCCUGCUCCUUUGUACGACUUCUGUACAUACUUUAAUUAGGUAGCAUAACCAAUUUACUGUACAAUGUUUCAUGUAUUACAUGGUGUGAUUGUGAUAAGACUGUAUGGUGGAAAUUUGAAGAAGUUGGUUCAAGUCAAUUUUGGACAUUAUGCGCGAUCUUCGAUUAGAUGAGUUGUCUAACAUUGACGGGAUUAAUUACAUAACUUACGGAGUGUAUCAAUUGCAGUGUACAAAUAUGAGAUUUAAAAGACUCAACAGCCUCUGGGGAAUGAGAGCUUUAUAAGUGUAAUACUGAAUUAUUGCUGUUAUUGAAUUUAACGAAAUCGUUACAGAUAUAAAAAAGGCAUGAUAAUUCUUUCAUCUUAAUGCAAAUUUAUGUGGGCUAUUAAAAAGAUUUCUUCUAAAAAAGUGAGAUUUUAUCAAUAUUAUGAAACGGUUAUUUAUAGAAUUGCAAUUUAAAUAACUAAUUAUUAAUUGUCCACAUAAGUUACAACUUGAACGUCAUUUUUUUUUUAUUGAUGUUUUUCUUUUCUUCCUUUCUUUUUAGAAAAGAAAUUUCUAAUUAAAUCUUUUUUAUUAUAAAUGCAAAUAUCAUGCCGCAUGAUUUAGAUAUCAAUCUGUAUCUAUCUAGAAACAUAAUUUUUGUUGUAAGAAGGGAAAUACAUUGUUGUGAGACUGAAAAAGAGACGCAUAUGGGAGGACACAAAGAUUUAGAUUUUGUAACUAUCACUUGAAUAUAAUCGUGUAAUAUCUAAUAUUAGUAAAUCGUUAGAUAUAGUUACAAAUUUUUUUAAUACUAAAAUUUUAAGACCACAUCGAAAUAUGUAUAAAAAAUUUUUUUUUGCUUGGGAACGCAAAAAUCUGAUAAGAUAACUUUUAUGUGUAUACAAAUUGAUAAGGAGGUAGAAUUCAGUCUUAAUUGCAAUUCUGGAGUCAUAUGGAGAAUAUGAUUCGAAUUUGUUUCGAUAUAUUCACGUUAAAUAGGCGUAUAUGUGAUAUAUAAAUAUUUUCAUUAGGUGUAAUCCCAUAUGUGUGGCGAUUAAAUCUCCAUCAUUUAAUAUAUUCAAAAAUUAAAAUGACUUUUAUAUAAGUAUAAAAAGAUCUAAAAAUGAGCGGAUCAUUAGGAUUAUUGGAAAAGGAUUUAUUUAUUCUAUGUAAGCAAUCGUAACAUAAAUGAUCGAAAGAAAAUGUAAUGAAAAGGCUCGCAUCGAAAGUUAUAGAAUGUCUUUUUUUGAUAAUUCAUAAAAGUAUUUUUUUUACCAAGGGGCAAUAAUAAGAGCUGCAUAUUAUCCCCAUAUAGGAUGUACAUGCUAAUUUUAUAGCAUCGCUUAUAUAAUCACGAUCUUUAGAGCCCCUAUGAGUUGUCAAAAGUAAAUUAAAAAGUUAGAUUAAAAAGGCAUUUAUUUAUUAUUCCAGCUUAGGAUUUACAGUAAAUCAAGUUGAUAUAAACAAUAACGAACUGUUGCACUUAAUCACAAUCAUUAUUCCUGAGAUAGAUAAAAGCAAGCUUGCAAAAAAUUCAAAAUAUUAAUUUUUUCUCUUACUAAAGUCUGUAAGCCCAUAGAAAGGGCACUGUAAGGAAUGCAACAAAAUACAUUUUGUGUGAAUGCAUCUUUUAUUAUUGGACCCUGGUUAUCCUAAGGAUCGUGUUUUAUUUGUAUAUUGCUUAAUAGUUUAUAUUAUAAGGAUGUGUUAUCUGUUGUAUCAUUUUUUACAAGAAAUAGAAAAUGUUGCUCCAUUUUA